CUAGGGGGCAGUAGGGUAACAAAGAGACGGCGAAAAUUCAAUUUGAAUGCUAAUGCUAACGCCGUGUCGUGUGUUGACGACGGCUUUUUGGUUCGCUGUUUGUUUGCCAAUGAUGUUGAGUAUGUGUAUUUGUCAUGGUGUUUUAAAGAACUGCCACAUUGGUUAACACCUGAAUUGUAAAUCUUGAGCUUUACCGUAAUUUAUGAUAACAAGGGCGAUUACUACCCACUACCACCAUCAUUAGCUAAAGACUAGCCUGGAGAGUACGACAUUCUAUUUCACCUCGAAAGAAUUGCAAAAAAAAGCAAUGGCGCUAAAAUCUGGAGAGGAACGUCUGAAGGAGAUGGAGGCCGAGAUGGCACUGUUUGAGCAAGAGGUUCUUGGUGGACCUGUACCACUAUCAGGAACCUCACCUGUUAUGGAGGCCGUACCUGUAGCUCUCGCUGUCACAGCGCUACCAGUGGUCCGACCAAUAAUUGGCACCAGUACCUACCAACGGGUCCAGCAAACGCUAGACGCCAGAGGGACUUUUGUUGGACCACCCCCAACCUUUGUUGCACCAGCUGCAGUCCCUCCAGUACGUGCUCCCCCGCCUGCAAUGAUGAGACCAGCCUUUGUUCCCCAUAUUUUACAGAGACCCGGCGGUACCAGGCUUCAUCUUAUGCGCCCUCCUGUAGCUCCUCCCAUGCCGCGGCCUCCUCCGCCUCCGCCCAUGAUGAUCCCGGUUUCCAUGCAGAGCCAAACGCCUCAGGGUGUUUCGCCGCCUGUUCAGCACAUGACCUCAGCACCAACCGUCAGUGUCAGCGAAGUAAUGUCCAUGGCAUCCUCGCCGCCCACCAGAACAGCUGUCCCGACUUCCAUCAAGCCGCCUUCAGUCUUCCAAGCGGCGCCCACCGUGUACUCAGCCCCGCCUGUCACUGUUGUGCCUCGAAGAAAUGAUGUGAUGGCUCAGCGGCAAGCCAGAAUGGAGGAGCUAGCGGCUCGGGUUGCCGAGCAACAGGCCGCCGUGAUGGCGGCCGGACUGCUGGAGAAGGAGUGCGAAGACAGCAGCGCCGUCAUUGGACCCAGCAUGCCCGAACGCGAGCCUGUGCGCCACGAGUCUGUGUACAAACCUGUGGAAACGUCCUCGGAAGACAAAAAGGCCAAGCCAAAGUCAGAGAAGAUGAAGAAGUGUAUUCGAACGGCAGCUGGGACUUCCUGGGAAGACGCCAGCCUGUUGGAGUGGGAAUCAGAUGACUUUCGUAUCUUCUGCGGUGAUCUUGGUAACGAGGUCAAUGAUGACAUCUUGGCCAGAGCCUUCAGCAGGUAUCCAUCAUUCCUCAAAGCUAAGGUGGUGAGAGACAAGCGGACAGGAAAAACAAAAGGCUACGGCUUUGUCAGCUUCAAAGAUCCAAAUGAUUAUGUGCGAGCCAUGAGGGAGAUGAACGGCAAGUAUGUUGGCAGCCGUCCCAUCAAACUGAGAAAAAGCAUGUGGAAGGACCGCAACAUAGAGGUUGUACGAAAAAAGCAGAGAGAGAAGAAAAAGCUGGGCCUUAGAUAGCCUUGCACACAGCAUCGAGAUCUCUGCAAAGACUUACCGGUGGAUUCUUCCCCUCCUCCUUUUCAAUAAAGUCCAAUUUUCAUGUCA